AGUAACUCUUGUCACCACAACUGUAUGCCUGCUUAAAAGUAGUUCAACCAGGGCACUGCAGCACAAGGAGUCUGCAUGUCGGACUAGACAUGCUCAGCUUUGUGGAUACCCGGAUUUUGUUGCUGCUUGCAGUGACUUCAUACCUAACAUCAUGCCAAUACACGGGCGCCAGGGGACCAAAAGGACCUCGAGGUGACAGGGGUCCUAAAGGACCGGACGGAAAACCUGGCCAACCUGGACUUCCCGGGCCUGCCGGCCCCCCUGGCCCCCCUGGUCUUGGUGGAAACUUUGCUGCUCAGUAUGAUGGAGCUAAAGCCCCUGACCCUGGCCCUGGACCAAUGGGUCUGAUGGGACCUAGAGGCCCAAGUGGACCUCCUGGCCCGCCUGGACCCCAAGGAUUCCAAGGACAUGCUGGAGAACCUGGCGAGCCCGGACAAGCUGGUCCCAUUGGACCUCGUGGCCCUCCUGGACCUCCUGGCAAGAGUGGUGAUGAUGGUAACCCUGGCAGAUCUGGCAAACCUGGAGACAGAGGUGCUCCUGGUGCUCAGGGUGCUCGUGGAUUCCCUGGAACUCCUGGACUUCCCGGAAUGAAAGGCCACAGAGGAUACAAUGGUCUUGAUGGACGCAAAGGAGAGCCUGGUGCCGCCGGUGCUAAGGGCGAGACUGGCGCUGCUGGUGCUAACGGAACUCCCGGACAGAGAGGUGCUCGUGGACUGCCUGGUGAGAGAGGUCGUGUUGGUCCUGCUGGUCCAGCUGGUGCUCGCGGUGCUGAUGGCAACACUGGUCCUGCUGGUCCCGCUGGUCCCCUGGGAGCUGCUGGACCUCCAGGUUUCCCUGGCUCUCCUGGACCCAAGGGAGAAAUUGGACCUGCUGGACCCUCUGGUCCCGCUGGUCCACAAGGACCUAGAGGAGAGCCUGGUCCCAAUGGCGUGGUUGGCCCAAUGGGUCCCCCUGGUAAUCCUGGUGCUAAUGGUUUAAAUGGUGCCAAGGGUGCUGCUGGCGCCCCUGGUGUUGCUGGUGCCCCUGGUUUCCCAGGCCCAAGAGGAGGUCCUGGACCUCAGGGUCCAAGUGGGCCCAGUGGGCCCAGAGGCCUGAACGGUGAUCCCGGUAUUGCUGGAGUGAAGGGAGAGGCUGGUGUUAAGGGUGAGCCUGGUAGUUCUGGACCUCAGGGAGCCCCUGGUCCUUCUGGUGAGGAGGGCAAGAGAGGCCCAACUGGUGAGCAGGGUGCCACUGGCCCUGCUGGCCUGCGUGGUCCCAGAGGAGCUCCUGGAACUCGUGGUCUCCCUGGUAUGGGUGGCAGAUCUGGCCCAAUGGGCAUGCCUGGAGCCCGCGGUGCUACUGGCCCUGCUGGAGCCCGUGGACCCCCUGGUGAUGCUGGUCGUGCUGGUGAGCCUGGUCUGACAGGACCCAGAGGUCUGCCUGGAAGCCCUGGCAGCGCUGGUCCUCCAGGAAAGGAAGGUCCUGCAGGUCCUGCUGGUCAAGAUGGCCGCACUGGUCCCCCUGGCCCAACUGGUCCCAGAGGUCAACCCGGUAACAUUGGAUUCCCUGGCCCCAAAGGACCUGGUGGAGAGCCAGGCAAACCUGGUGAGAAGGGUCCUGGUGGUGCUCCUGGUCUAAGAGGUGCUCCCGGCCCUGAUGGUAACAAUGGCCCCGCUGGUCCCGUUGGACUUUCUGGUGCUUCUGGUGAGAAAGGAGAGCAGGGACCCUCUGGUGCUCCUGGCUUCCAGGGUCUACCUGGUCCUGCUGGACCUGUUGGUGAGGCUGGAAAGCCUGGUGACAGGGGUAUUCCUGGAGAUCAGGGUGCAUCUGGACCUGCUGGUGUGAAGGGCGAGCGUGGUAACCCUGGACCUGCUGGAGCCGCUGGCCCACAGGGACCUAUUGGUGCCCGUGGUCCUCCUGGUACUCCUGGACCUGAUGGAGGCAAGGGUGAGCCUGGUGCUGUUGGAGCUGCUGGAGGCCCUGGUCCCCAGGGUCCUGCUGGUAUGCCUGGUGAGCGUGGUGGCGCUGGCACUCCUGGAGCUAAGGGUGAGAAGGGUGAGCCUGGAUUCAGAGGUUUGGAGGGUAACGCUGGAAGGGAUGGUGCUCGCGGUGCUCCUGGACCCAGUGGACCCCCUGGACCAGCUGGUGCCAAUGGUGAUAAGGGUGAGACUGGUUCCUUCGGUCCUGCUGGCCCUGCUGGUGCCCGUGGUCCUCCUGGAGAGCGUGGUGAGUCUGGCCCUGCUGGACCUCCUGGAUUUGCUGGCCCUCCUGGUGCUGAUGGUCAAACUGGUGCCAGAGGAGAGAAAGGACCUGCUGGUGGAAAGGGUGAUGUUGGAUCUGCUGGCCCCGCUGGCCCUGCUGGCAACUCUGGACCACCUGGCCCAUCUGGACCUGGUGGACCUCCUGGUGCUCGUGGUGACACUGGCCCCCCUGGUCUGACUGGUUUCCCUGGUGCUGCUGGCAGAGUUGGACCUGGUGGUCCUGCUGGUAUUGCUGGGCCUCCUGGUCCCUCUGGCCCUUCUGGAAAGGAUGGACCUCGUGGCCCUCGUGGUGAUGGUGGACCUCCUGGUCCUCCUGGUGAGAAUGGCAUUGUUGGACCUCCUGGUCUGGCUGGUGAGAGAGGACCUUCUGGAGAAUCUGGUGCCCCUGGCGCACCUGGACCUGCUGGACCUCAGGGUCAGCUCGGAUCUCAGGGAAUCAACGGUCUUCCUGGAGCAAGAGGAGAGCGUGGUCUUCCUGGUGGCCCUGGUGGUGUCGGUGAGCCCGGCAGACUCGGCCCCCCUGGUGCCUCUGGUCCUCGUGGUCCUCCUGGAAACAUUGGUUUGCCUGGUAUGACUGGUCCUCAGGGAGAGGCUGGACGUGAGGGUAGCCCUGGUAAUGAUGGUCCUCCUGGCCGUCCUGGUGCUGCAGGUUUCAAGGGUGACCGUGGUGAGCCUGGAUCUCCUGGUCCUGCUGGCCCUGCUGGUGCCCCUGGACCCAAUGGACCUUCUGGCGCUGUAGGCAGACCUGGAAACCGUGGUGAGCCUGGACCUGUUGGAGCUACUGGUCCUGCUGGCCCUGCUGGAGCAAGAGGUGCUCCUGGCCCAGCUGGUUCUCGUGGUGAGAAGGGUGUGGCUGGAGACAAGGGAGACAGAGGCAUGAAGGGUCUGCGUGGUCAUCCUGGUCUGCAGGGAAUGCCCGGACCCAGCGGUCCUUCUGGUGAUAGUGGUCCUGCUGGUUCUUCUGGCCCUGCUGGUCCUCGUGGCCCAGCUGGUCCCACCGGUCCCCCUGGAAAGGAUGGUAGAUCUGGUUCUCAUGGUGCUGUUGGACCUCCUGGUCACCGUGGUCCCCCUGGAAGUGUUGGACCUGCUGGUCCUCCUGGAUCUCCUGGUCUCCCCGGCCCUCCUGGUCCCGCUGGUGGUGGAUACGACACAUCUGGAUACGAUGAGUACAGAGCUGACCAGGCUGCUCUCAGGGCCAAGGACUAUGAGGUUGAUGCCACCCUCAAAUCUCUGAACACUCAGAUUGACAACCUUCUCUCUCCUGAGGGCUCCAAGAAGAACCCAGCCCGCACCUGCCGUGACAUCAGGCUCAGCCACCCAGACUGGAGCAGUGGUUUCUACUGGAUUGAUCCUAACCAGGGUUGCACCAUGGACGCCAUCAAGGCCUAUUGCGACUUCACCACCGGACAGACCUGCAUCUAUCCUCAGCCAGCAAGCAUUCCACGCAAGAACUGGUACAGAAGCAGUCAGGAGAAGAAACACACCUGGUUUGGCGAGACCAUCAAUGGUGGUACUGAGUUUGGAUACAACGAUGAGACUCUUAGCCCUCAGUCCAUGGCUACUCAGCUGGCUUUCAUGCGUCUGCUGGCCAACCAGGCUGUCCAGAACAUCACCUACCACUGCAAGAACAGCAUUGCUUACAUGGAUGCUGAGAAUGGCAACCUGAAAAAGGCUGUGCUGCUGCAGGGCUCCAAUGACGUGGAGCUGAGGGCGGAGGGCAACAGCCGCUUUACUUUCAGCGUUCUGGAGGACGGCUGCACCAGACACACUGGCCAGUGGAGCAAGACAGUCAUUGAAUACAGAACAAAUAAACCAGCUCGCCUCCCCAUCCUCGACAUUGCACCUUUGGACAUUGGUGGCGCAGAUCAAGAGUUUGGUUUGGACAUUGGCCCAGUCUGUUUCAAAUGAAUAGACUCAUGAUAAAUUAAACGAGAGAAAGAAAGAAAAAAGAAAAAAAUCUCUGCCCUUCUUUCUGUGUUGUUUUUUUAUACUGAAUGCUGAUUUCCUCUGCACAUCCACUUGCUUAAGCUGGGCACUAUCGGAGAGGACCGAUGGACUGAAAGGAGCGUACUGCAAUGCAAAUUAAUACAGCAGCCCAAAGAGACGGGGGAAAACACCAUGUUUUGGGACAUGUCAUCCUUUUGUAAAAAAUCCAAAGAAGUGUAAUAAAAAUGAUGAAAGUAUGCAUCACUUUGUGGUCUUUGUAUAUCUUCCAAAGAGGAGGUUUAAAACCACAAUUUUCAAUCGGUUUAAACUACCUCAUGCCUGUGUUCAAGGAAAUAAUAUUACCAGAGCUGAUCCACAUCCUAGAUGUUACUUGUUGGUACUAAAGCUUCAAGUUCUGUCCUGUAUCAAAGGUGCUCAAAUACUUGAAGCAGUGUAACAAUAUGGUGCUACACUUGCAGCUUUGGAGGAAACCACUUAAAACUGUAUUAUCUUGUAUUGUUUUGGAGGAGUUUUGCACAGGUCCUUGCUGAUAACUUCCCAUUUUUAAGCAGGUGGAAAACCCUAAACCUGAUGUUUGUCUGGUUCUUUUGUUUGUUUUCAUUUGGUUUUGUUUGAGUUUUUGUUUAGAUUUUUUGUUUGUUCAGGCAUUUUAAUCCUCAUUCCCCCAGUGUUCAUGCUGACAGCACAGUUCUUCCAAUUUAAUGAGUUUCGGAGGCCUCUCUCUCUCAAAACAAACCACAAAGUUUAUUGUACCUAUUUUGUAUAUGUGAGAUGUUUAAAUAAAUUGUGAAAAGUUCUGAAAUAAAGCAUGUCCAAUGUUCCACAACACACCAUUCCAUGAGUAAAUUGAUUCAGUAAUUUAAGAUGAAGUAAUAGCAAUGAAAUGGAGAACUCGCAUGCCUUCCCUCUGUGAAAUCAAAGGUUUCAGCUCCACAAGGACACUAACAUUAUGUCAUAAGAAGCAGAAGAUCUCAUGUAUUCAUGCUUUGUGACUUGCCAAACAUGGCCUGAAUGAAAAGUUUCAUUAAAAAG